AUGUAUCGUCAUAUCCUUCGUCGUUUAAAUUCAUUUGCAAUUAAAACAUCAUCUAGUUCAUUUCAACAUAUCGCAUGCAUAACAACAAAUCAAUCUUCAUUCCCGGUGAUAUCUAAACCAGCACCUUAUUUCAAAGGUCAAGCAGUUUUUAAUGGACAUUUCAAAGAUAUUGAAUUAUCAGAUUAUAAAGGAAAAUACGUCGUGCUAUUUUUCUAUCCAUUAGAUUUUACAUUUGUUUGUCCAACUGAACUUGUAGGUUUUAAUGAACGUUUAGAUGAAUUCCAUCAACUUGAUACAGAAGUUAUCGGUUGUAGUACUGAUUCAAUACAUAGCCAUCUAGCUUGGAUAAAUACACCGAGAAAACAAGGAGGACUUGGUGGACUUAAAUAUCCGUUAUUAAGUGAUUUCUCUAAGGAAAUAGCACGACGUUAUGGUGUUUUAAUUGAUGAUAAUGGUGGUGUUGCAUUACGUGGUUUAUUUAUUAUUGAUAAACAACAAAUAUUAAAACAAAUAACAAUAAAUGACCUACCUGUAGGUCGUUCCGUUGAUGAAACUCUUCGACUUGUGAAAGCUUUUCAGUAUGUUGAGCAACAUGGUGAAGUAUGUCCUGCGGACUGGAAUGAGAAAACAAACCCAAAUACGAUUAAACCUAAUCCCGUUGAAUCAAAAGAAUAUUUUCGAAAACAAGAAUAA